AUGACUAUGGAACAUCCUGCCAAAAGGCUGAAGACCUCAAACAGUUACAAGCUAUACCAGGAGCAGAUGGCUCGCUACAAAGAACUAAUGGAUCGCCACCAAGCAUCCAUCGAUCGUCAUGAGCAAAUGAUGGCUCGUCACCAUGAGCUAUUGAAUCAGAAACAGAUGUGCGCAAACUGUAUGUCACAGUUGGAACCUCGCAGUCAACGACGCCGUGAUACAUCCCUAACCUUGCCCGUGGAGAUUAUAGCCAGAGUACUCGACUUCCUCCCACAACAUCGAGUGUACCCUUUCUUAUCUCUUUCCAAGGCAAUUGAUCGCAUUGCCAAAAGAAGAUUAUUUCGAAAAGUAUUCGUUUUAGAAGAAAAUUCAAAACCUCUCCUUCACGAUGCUAUCGAUGAGUUGUUACACUGGCUGUAUCUUACCGAAGCUCAAUUCCUUUACUUGAUGGAAAUUGAAUUUGAAUGGCCGGGCAAGUACGUACACAUUGAAACCUGUUUAUGGAAAGACUCUCUCAAAGGGGCAAUCAAGAAACAUUUACUGCCAGCUGAGGUUGUGUCCUACAGAUGCUCAAUCGCCUACGUUACCAAGGCUUCUCAGCUCUCUACUUUGUCACCCCACAUAACGCGGCUUUUGCUAGAGGGACCAUUAACCCUUGAACCGAUGGCAACCAAGCUUGUAGUGGACCAUUUAUGGAUAAGAAAAAAUGUCAAAGGCGUGCAUGGAUGUAUUGAUCUCUCAUCUGUGAAACAAUUGACUCUCGGGCAUGCGUUGUGCGAUGAUGAUGAUAAUAUAUACAAACUAGCAGCCCAUUUGACUAAUUUGGAGGACUUGGAACUCAGGGAGAAGAAUUUCGAAAAAUCAUAUUUCGACAGGUUUCCAAAAAUUGUGAAACGCGUGUUUCUUCCCUACUGUUAUGAUGAUAGGUACGAGUAUGAAAAAGUUACUGAACCGUUUCAGCUGCUGCUUGAAUAUAUCGAGUUGAGCCAAAAAUGUGAGCCAUUAUGUUAUCCUCAGCGGCAUUUAUCAGUGGCUAAGUCAAACACCGGUCUCCUGAUAGAUUACCAAAAGUAUCCGAAACUCAAAUUGUUCGUGCGCAGAGAUGCCGUAUUUAAGGUUUGUCGAGUUUUGGGGGAAUACUACAAGUGUGAACAAAUCAACGAGUACAAGCUGGAUUGGUAG